CCCAUCUACGCCAUCCGUCUGCGGGGGCACCACAAACCAGAAGAAGAAAUGGCAGCGGGCCCCACGCCAUCCACCGCCGCGUCCUUCCGGCCGCCCCUGCCGCCUCCGCCGCCGUGCUUCGACUACCGGUCCGCGUCACUCGCCGACACGCGUGCCACCACAGCCGCUUCGAACCCCGCGCUGGCUGAGUUGGUCGAGUCCGGCGCACUGGUGCGCAUCCCGCGGCGGCGGUUCGGGCCGGUGCCGGCGUGGCGGCCGCCGGACUUCGCUGAGCCCGACGAGGUGUGGAUCCUCGGGACCUCGCACCUCUCCGCGGAGUCCGCCGAUGAGGUCGAGCGCGUGCUCCGCGCCAUCCGCCCCGACAACGUCGUCGUCGAACUCUGCCGGAGCAGAGCCGGGAUCAUGUACGCUUCCGACGCCGCCUCCGGCGAGCCGCUGUUGAAAUCCAACAUGUUCUCGCUCGGUGGCACCAAGUUCUUCGGAGCCGUCAACCGGAGCAUCAACCUGGGUGGACAGAGUGCUCUUGCUCUGCGUUUGCUCCUAGCUGUGUUUUCGUCCAAGAUUUCUUCUGGCGCGAACAGGCCGUUUGGGGAGGAGUUCCGAGCAGCUAGGAGGGUGUCUGAAGAUAUUGGUGCUCAGCUCGUUCUUGGGGAUCGCCCCAUUGAAAUAACUCUUGAACGAGCUUUGAAAUCCCUCAGCUGGGAUGAAAAGACGAAACUCAUAAUCUCAUUAUUCCGUGGAAUCACUUCAACAACCGAUAUGCCGCAGCAGGAUGAGAAAGCUGCGGUUAGCCCAUACGAGUUGUACGAGAAGCUUAGCAGCUCAUAUCCUUCACUGCUCCAGCCUCUCAUACAUGAGCGCGACAUGUUCCUGGCUUGGUCCCUAAAGAGGAGCAAGGCCGUGAACAAGAGCAAGACGGUGGUUGGGGUCAUGGGGAAGGGGCAUAUGAACGGCGUGGUGUACGCGCUGAUCUCUGACCAGGGGGACCUGAGGUUCCGCGACCUCGUCGGCAGGGAAUCGUCGGAGACCUGGGCUAGCUCCGUCGUCAAGGGCCUGGUCAGGGAUACGGUGAUAGGGCUCGCGCUUUGGGCUCUGUACGAACUGCUGCAGGCUGCCGCCUACAUAUAACGUUGUAGCUGAAAUCCAUUCUUAAUACUGACAUUUGUAAGCGUGCACGCUCUUUGCAAGAUCGAUGCAGCUUCAGAUUGUAAAGUCAAGUCCCUGUGUAAACUUUUACAAGACGUUGAAGGGAUUUCCGACAACCCUAGAACAUAAACACUAUCUAGCUCGUCGUUUCUAUAUUGAACAGUAACGUUACGGUC